UUCUCACCAUCUUCGCAUACGCUGCCACCUAAUGAAUGACCAACCAACAUCAGCAGGAGCAGCAGCCGGGGCAGCAGGAGCACCAGCAACAACGACAGCAGCAAGCUAUUGCAAUUACUAUUCGGGACACAUGCACCACGUCUGAGGGCGUCACGGGCGAACGGAAAGUGAAGCUAAUCGUUAAUCGAUCGUCCCCGGUGUCCCCGGCAUCGGGUGAAGUCAACUCUACGCGUACCACCACUGUCAAGUCUGUCCCAGAAGUGUCGGUUAGCCUGCCAGCUCCUAGCAUGUCCAUUCCACCGUUACCGCAAAGUCUGGACGCUAGUCCGCAUCACCAGCAGCAGCAACCCCAUCAGCAAUCGCACCAGCAACUUCAGUACCAGUACCAGCUACAUCAGCAACAGCUACAGUACCAGCAGCGACAGCAGCAACAGCAGCAACAGCAUGACCUAUUCAUGAUCGUCAGUAUUUGCCUUGGAUCGUUCAUCCUCAUCUUCGCGAUCGUUUACUUCGUAAGGAAAUUUUUUCAGGGUGGUCAAUUCAAGAACAAAGACAUCCGGCUUGAUGCAAAGGUCGUCAUCAUUACUGGUGCCAAUGCGGGUAUCGGAAAGGAGGCAGCUAUAGAAUGUGCCAAGCGAGGAGCACGGGUCUAUAUGGGCUGUCGGGAUCUGGCCCGAAUGGAGAAAGCUCGCCAAGAGAUACUGGACAAGUCCGGAAGCCAGAAUGUGUUCGGACUCGAGCUGGAUCUCGCAUCGUUCGAGUCGAUUCGCAGCUUUGUCAAGACGUUCCUCAGCAUGGAGCGUCGACUGCACGUGCUGAUCAACAAUGCUGGCGUGAUGGCCUGCCCGAAAGACUACACAAAGGAGGGCUUUGAAAUGCACUUCGGUACCAACCACUUGGGACACUUUCUGCUCACGAACCUACUGCUGGACGUGCUGAAACGUUCCGCACCCAGCAGGAUCGUGACGGUUUCUAGUCUCGGUCACAAGUGGGGCCGCAUCAACAAGGACGACAUCAAUGCCGAGAAGGACUACCGCGAGUGGGAUGCGUAUAUGCAGAGCAAGCUGUGCAACAUUCUCUUCUCGCGCCAUCUGGCAAAGCGUUUACACGGUACCGGUGUGAACACGUACGCGCUUCACCCGGGCGCCAUCAACACCGAGCUUAUGAGACAUCUGAAUCCAUGUAUUAGAACGAUGGCCAAGCCUCUAUUUUGGGUAUUUUUUAAGACACCCAAAUCCGGUUCCCAGACUACGCUGUACUGUGCAAUGGAACCAUCUAUCGCAUCCCAGACGGGCCUAUACUACAGUGACUGCAAGCUGAAGGAACCGGAGCCACACGCGCAGGACGACACGAUGGCGGAAUGGCUUUGGAAUCUGAGCGAAAGAUUGACCGGACUGUCACAUUAGCGGUGUUGCUGUUGGCGU